AUGAAUGGAGAAAUUUACCUGUCAAUACAACACCAAUCACGCAAUAUACCUGCCAAUACAACACCAAUCAAGCAAUACACCUGCCAAUACAACACCAAUCAAGCAAUACACCUGCCAAUACAACACCAAUCAAGCAAUACACCUGCCAAUACAACACCAAUCACGCAAUAUACUGCCAAUACAACACCAAUCACGCAAUAUACUGCCAAUACAACACCAAUCAAGCAAUAUACUGCCAAUACAACACCAAUCACGCAAUAUACUGCCAAUACAACACCAAUCACGCAAUAUACUGUCAAUACAACACCAAUCACGCAAUAUACUGCCAAUACAACACCAAUCACGCAAUAUACUGCCAAUACAACACCAAUCAAGCAAUACACCUGCCAAUACAACACCAAUCAAGCAAUACACCUGCCAAUACAACACCAAUCAAGCAAUACACCUGCCAAUACAACACCAAUCAAGCAAUACACCUGCCAAUACAACACCAAUCACGCAAUAUACUGCCAAUACAACACCAAUCAAGCAAUAUACUGCCAAUACAACACCAAUCAAGCAAUAUACUGCCAAUACAACACCAAUCACGCAAUAUACUGCCAAUACAACACCAAUCACGCAAUAUACUGCCAAUACAACACCAAUCAAGCAAUAUACUGCCAAUACAACACCAAUCACGCAAUAUACUGCCAAUACAACACCAAUCACGCAAUAUACUGUCAAUACAACACCAAUCACGCAAUAUACUGCCAAUACAACACCAAUCACGCAAUAUACUGCCAAUACAACACCAAUCACGCUGAAGACCGAUGA